UGACUGCAGAACCACUACCUGGCACACUCCGCAAGUGCGUCAGCACUCUGAAAUGAAUGAAGAGAAAAAAGGAUCAAUCAGUGUUACUGCAGUGAGAGAGAGAGAGAGAGAGAGAGAGAGAGGGAGAGUGUGUACAAAACCCAUAUCCUUCUAGCUCAGAUGUAUUUGUGACAAUAUCUGCACAUGCAGCUUGCUAUUAGCUAGGACUGUAUACUGUGUAAGAUGUGAAGUAACGGCACUAAUGCAAUAUAGCAAGAUGAACACUCUGUUUCUCCUCACCUUCCUCUACGUGUGCCAUGCAGAGAACUUUGACCAGAAUUAUGAUUUGGCGCCUUACAGGACUAUUUACAUCUCAGAAAAUGGGCCUGGACUGUCUGUUACUACAGAACAAACCAAAGUGGUGACUCACCGGGGGGGCAAUGUAACACUGCCGUGCACAUUUCAAAGGAACCCCGCGUUUGUCCCCAAUCCCAAAAUAAGGAUAAAGUGGACUAAGUUAACAUCAGAUUAUCUGAAAGAAAUUGAUGUUUUUGUAGCUAUGGGUUUCCAUAAGAAGAGCUAUGGUAGUUUCCAUGGCCGUGUGCAUCUACGAGGUGCCAGUGAGAAUGAUGCGUCACUGGUCAUUAGUGAGAUAACCCUGGAGGACUAUGGGAGAUACAAAUGUGAGGUGAUUGAUGGUCUGGAGGAUGGCACAGCAGUGGUGUCCCUCAAUCUGCAAGGUGUAGUUUUCCCAUAUUUCCCACCUCAUGGCCGCUAUAACCUGAACUUCCAAGAUGCUGAGAAAGCCUGUAAAGACCAGGAUGCCAUUGUGGCCUCUUUUGACCAGUUGUAUGACGCUUGGAGGGAAGGGUUAGACUGGUGCAAUGCUGGUUGGCUUAGUGAUGGAUCGGUACAGUACCCAAUCACCAAACCUCGAGAGCCAUGUGGAGGGAAGAAUACUGUCCCUGGCAUAAGGACUUAUGGAAUCCAAGACAAGGAAAAGAACAGAUAUGAUGUCUUCUGUUUCACAUCAAAGUACAAAGGUCGUUUCUAUUACCUUACACCCUCUUUGAAGAUGACAUAUGAUGAAGCAGUGCUGGCUUGUCAAAAGGAUGGUGCUCAGAUUGCUAAGGUGGGACAAAUGUAUGCAGCAUGGAAGCUGCUGGGCUAUGAUCGCUGCGAUGUUGGCUGGCUGGCUGACGGAAGUGUGCGCUACCCCAUUUCACGUCCACGUCGCCGCUGUAGCCCCACAGAGGCUGCUGUGCGCUUCUCCGGUUUCCCAGACAAGAAGCACAAACUCUAUGGGGUCUACUGCUUCAAAGGGUACAACUGAGACAUGAUUAAAUAAAGUUUAAUACAAAAAGGAAGUGUAGAGGAGGAGUCAGCAUGAGUAAAACUGUGACCUUAUUCAAAUACUGUAUUAAGAAGGUAUUUAAGAACACCUUGGGUAUUUGGUGUUUUUGAAGGUUUUGAAAACAUGAUAGCAAAAAACUCUCUUCUCAGAAGUAUGUUUGUUCCAUAAAACACCAAUACCAUAACAUUGUUCUCAGAAAUGAUGCAAAAAAUAUUUUUGGGAGUCUAAAUGGUUAUUUACUCAUACACUAUGUAGCUAUUUACAUUUUAGGAGAGACAAGACUUCCACGUAUCAUAUGAGGAAGUGAGAGUGGAUAACUAAAUAUAGAUUCACAAAAUAUACUAAACAUCGAUAUAGAAUCUCAGUAGUAAUAUGGCAGUAAAGCUUCAAAAUAUCUGACUGAUACGUUUGAGCACAUUGUUAUUCAGUAGUAUUGUACUCAGCUAAUUGAAAUGGUGGAUAAAAUAAACUUUUUUUCUAUAAAGAGAAAGAUCAAACAAGUAAUCAAUCUAGUAUUUAGCCAUUAUUUAAACUGAUCUCUCUCUCUCUCUCUCUCUCUCACAAAUAUAGUUUUUUCACCAUCCUUACAGGGUGCUAAAAGGUAUUAUGUUCUUAGGCUAUGUUUUUAAAAUUUUGUUUAAAAAAAGACAUUUAAUGUGUGGACCAAACUUUAAGUCUUCAUACUAAACAUUAAAUCUUCAUACUGUCAUACUGAAAACCCAAACACUCACAGUGUUCUAUAAUUGAUUUUACAGAAAUAUUACAGUAAUCUAUAAUGGUAUCCCUGUUGUGUAUCAUUUUGAAAUGCCAUAUUUAUACAAUUGACCCCUACAUCUGUACUGUUGUUAUCAAGUAUUUUAGGACAGUGGUCCAUCUACUCAGAGAGUAAGAUGCAAAAAACUACACUGAUCUCAUCAUUAUUUAUUGGUUCAUUCCAAGUGACCAGGAAGAGGUAGCAUUUUUCCUCAAGAUAUUAAACAGCCUACAUCAUUCAGACAUGGAUUUUAUUUAUUGUAGCAUGUUUUUAUGUUCUCUAUUUGUAUUUUAUGAUGUUUUCAAGACAAAAGACAAAACAGUAAACUUGCCUUAUCUGUGUGAUCAAAGAAGAAUUGAGCAAAGACAUCACUGUUUUAUAAUAUAUAAUCUUCAACUUCAAAAAAAAACACCUUCACAGUUUGAGUGGGGGGAACAACACUUCCUUUGAGUUGCACAAGUGGAUGUUUUAAAAUCUCAAGAGGACAACACUGAUGUUUCUGUUGAAAGAACUGUAAUGUAUGGUCCACCAUGUAAGGGAGGAAAAAGAGCACAAGGGUCUGUCCAGUAGCACACAAAAUUUAGAUGUUAAGGUUACUGAAAACUGAAUUGAAAUCUGAAUUUGAGAAUAUUCAAAAAUUUGAAAUAGACAAUAGGUUUUUACUCAAGUUACUCAAGUUUUAGUUCUCUCUUAGGCAACUGUAUCCUACAGAUGCCUUGUUUACAAACUCAAACAUUACUGGUUUUGGAAUAAUUUCGUCCUGGAUUUGUAUAGAUAAAAUGUUAAGAUAAAAUAUUGCAUUUAGGCUUUGAUCUGUGUAAGGAGACCAUUGAACCAGAAAAAAGAGAAAAAUAAAACCAUAAAAGAAAUGAGCAGUAUGGAUUAAAAUUUACUUGGAAUAAGGAGCAAAUAAUAAUUAUUGUAUGAUAUCUAUUUUGUAGCAACAGAGCUGUACUAAAUUAAAGAGAAGUUUCAAAAUAUUGGACUGACAUUUUUGAGCACAUUUCUUGAGAAUCAAGAGGGUGGACAAAUAUAUAUCCACCCUUUCGAUUCUGUUAACGCUGGUGUUAUGGCUGAUCAAUAUGGAUAUACAUCCAUAUUGAUUAGCCAUAACAUUAAAACCACCUGCCUAAUAUUGUGUAGGUCCCCAUUGUGGUGCCAGCUCUGACCCAUUGAGGCGUGGACUCUACAAGAUCUCUGAAGGUGUAAUGUGGUAUCUGGCACCAAGACGUUAGCAGCAUCCUUUAAGUCCUGUAAGUUGUGAGGUGGGGCCUCCAUGGAUUGGACUUGUUUGUUCAGCACAUCCCUCAGAUGCUUGAUCGGAUUUAAAUCUGGGAAGGCCAAGUCAACACCCUGAACUCUUGUCACAUUCCUCAAACCAUUCCUGAACAAUUUUUGCAGUGUGGCAGGGCGCAUUAUCCUGUUGAAAGAGGUCACUGCCAUUAGGGAAUACUAUGACCCUGUCGCCGGUUCACAGUUUGUCCAUCUUUUGGUAGGUACUAACCACUGCAUACUAGGGACACCCUACAAGGCCUGCUGUUUUGGACAUGCUGUGACCCAGCCAUCUAGGCAUCACAAUCUGGCCCUUGUAAAAGUCACUCACAUCCUUACACUUAUGCUUUUCCUGCUUACAACUCAUCACCAUCGAGAACUGACUGUUCACUUGUUGCCUAAUAUAUCCCACCCCUUGACAGGUGCCAUUGUAAUGUUAAUCAAUAUUCUCUUCACCUAUCAGUGGUUUUAAUGUUAUGGCUGAUUUGUAAAAAAAAAAAAAAAAAAAACUA